CACGUGUUCCUGCUGGAGCCCUCCCUGGACCCCGCCAUCGAGCAGCAGGCGGUGGCGCGUGUGCAUCGCAUCGGGCAGGAGCGGCCGGUGCGGGUGACGCGGCUGCUGGUGGAGGGCAGCGUGGAGGAGAAGGUCAUGAUGAUGCUGCAGGCCAAGCAGCAGCUCUUCCAUGAGGACGUCCACACCCGCCGAGCAGCCGCUGCCGCCGCCGCUGCAGCCGCAGGCCCCUCCACCUCCACAGCCGCAGCAGCAGCAGCCGGUGGCCCCGCAGCUGCCUCCUCCUCGCUGCUGCUCUCCCCCGCCCUGGUUCCGCUGCUGGAGGGCGGUGAGGGCGAGGAGGCGAGCC